AAGUCAACUAAACUGAAGCCAAUCGAUGAAACACAACUGAGAACUGCUUUUCAAUUGUUUGACACCAAUAGAGACGGACGAGUGAAUGAAGAAGAAAUGAAAUCUAUGCUAAACAGACUCGGCAUCUCUGUUGGCGACCAAAUCAUUAAACAACUGCUCAGCGAGGCCUCCAAAACUGGUGACGGAUUGAUUACAGAAUCAGAAUUUACGAAUUGGUUGUCGAAAAUCAAGACUCACAAAGAGACUGAUGUUGAAGAGGAUCUAAAGGCAGCCUUUUCUGUGUUUGAUAUCGACAAAAAUGGAUAUAUAACGAAAGAUGAACUGAAGUCUGCGAUGCAAUUAAUGGGAGAAACCAUUACCGACAGAGAUUUGGACCAAUUAUUGAGCGCCACAGACAUUGACAAAGAUGGCAAAAUCAAUUACGAAGAAUUCAUCAAGAUACUGUUAUAA